UUCCUCUGGCCUUGUAACAACAUCUGCAUAUCCCUCAAGAAGUCUGCAUAUCCCUCUUUGUCUUUUUCUCCCCGGAACAGAGUUGUUUUGUAUUGUCAGUAAAGUGCAGCCAUGAUGAGUCAAGCUGAGGAUUGCGAGGGAAUAGACGAUGGGGAGAAGAAUGAGCUAUUUCCCUUCAGCUACGAACAAAGUGCAGCUGAAACGAGUCCGGAUUAUGAGCCAGCCAGGAGGAGCUGCAAUGUGUCGGAACUGGUAAUGACCCCUAAAAGCGUUAAACAAGGGCAAGCAAAGCAUGUCGAUAGGCUGCCUUUUAUGGAGUCCCAUGCAUCUCUUUUCCAUGCCAUCCGGUCAAUCACAAAAUCUAUUAGACAGUUUGGAGAGCAUGAAGGCGGCAUAACCUUGAAGGUCACGAAACGUCGUCACAUUGACCUCGGCGCAUCUCAGGAAGAGGUUGUUAUAAAGGAAGAUCUUGAUUUGGCUCAAGAUUCACAGGAUAAAGACUCAUUGAAUUCUGACUUGCUGUAUCCUGUUAUGGUCACAGAUUCACAGGAUCGCGAAUUGGCUGAAGACUCAAAAGAUCAUGACUUACAGGAUUCUGAUUUGACUAAAGACUCACAGGAAACUGACUUGGCUAAAGAUUCACAGGAUCUUGACGUACGGGAUUCUGAGUCGACGAAGGACUCACAGGAUCUUGAUGCACGUGAUUCCGAGUCGACUAAGGACUCACAUGGUGCUGAUUUGGAUAAAGAAUCACAGGAUCGUGAUUUGACCAAAGACUCGGGCGGUCCCGAGUUGGCACAGGACUCCUGGGAUCCUUACACGUGGGUUCUUGAGUUGGCACAGGACUCCUGGGAUCCUGACUCCUGGAAUCCUGGCUUGGCUAAAGGCUCAUGGGAUGUUGACUCAUGGAAUCCAGAUUUGAUUAAAGCUUUUCUGGACUCUGAUUCGAGUUCAACUAAAGACUCACAGGAUUCUGAUUGGGCUAAAGACUCACAGGACUCUAAUUCACAGGGUCCUGAUUUGACUGAAGACUCACAGGAUUCUGAUUUGGCUAAAGACUCACAAGAUCCAGAUUCAUGGGAUCCUGAUUCAACUAAAGACUCGCAGGAUCUUGAUUUGGCAAAAGAUUCACUGGAUCCUGAUUUGGCUAAGGACUCCCAAGAAGCCAAAGAUACUUCUGUACCUGUGCCUUCCAGUCAGUCUAAAUUAAAAAGCAAAAGCAUUAUUUCUGGAACGCAACAGAAACGCUACCUCAUAGAACUGCCGCCAGCACACCUACUUCCUUACCUGGUUUUAAUCAAGAGGGUCAUGUCCUUGCCAAUUUCCGCCAUUCAAAAGCAGUGUCUUUCGGGAGAGAUAUUGUGCAGAAUACAGUAUUUUACACUGAAGCUGCAAAAGAAGAAACCACCGUCUCGGCCUGCAUUAGCAGAACAACCCACUCAUAGGCUACCAACAGUUCGAGAAACAGGCUAUGUAACUUUUGAUUGCCUGAAAGAUCUACAGUGGAAGUUAUACAAAGGCAUUGCAAAACGGAAACCCAAAACAAUUGGCGUGGAGAGGAAAUUGUCUUACAGCUACGGAGUCACAGGAACCACAUUUGCCAGGUUUACAGAGUACGUCCUCCCCUUGAUCCCUAAGGGCUGGAUAGUUGACGACUCUCUCAAGUUUUCUGAGAAUAUGGUUGUCCUGUUUGCACAAAACCAAGACUUUUCAUGA